AUGUAUCCAGGCGGUAGCCAAUCGCGGCCCUACCAGGUGCCUCCGCCGCCGCCCAUGUCGCCGCCGCUGGCUCAGAUGCACCAGCAGAUGAGUUUCGUACCUCCUCCACCACCUCCAUUGAACCGAUAUCAGACCACUCCCAAUCUGGGUGCGAGCGCUCCGCCCCCUCCCCCUCCCGGGCCUCCUCCGGCAAGCGCACUAAAUCCGCAAGCCCCGUGGAAUGGGGCCUGGGGUGGUGUCCCGACGCCUCGGCAAGCUUACGACAACAGGUCCGGCAUGUACGCUCAGGCGCCUAUCCAGCAAUAUAAUCCCCAGGCUCACGCUGCCACCGCGCCAGGCCUCAACAUACCCCCACCACCGCUACAGACCGACGCCCCAAUGUCAGAUACAUACAACCCUGGACAAGAUCCUAUGUUUGAUGGUUUUAUGCCAGACUUGAGCUUCGAUUUGGAACAGGAAACAAUGGGGUCUUCACAGACCUGGCAGACAACGUCAUCAUCGUCCACGAAUACCGCAUCGGUCAACGACAAUGUUCAGUCCAACCCUCCCGCAGAGGAGAGAACACGGAGAAACAAUUCGGCGAGUAUUACGGGCACCCAGUCCAGCAGUAAUGUUCCUGGCAUUCCUAGCGACAUAACCGCCGCCUGGACGCUUGAUAAAGUCAUCGCCUGGCUCCAAAUGAACAGUUUCUCCCGGGACUGGCAAGAAACGUUCAAGAGCCUCAACAUCCAUGGUGCACAGUUUCUUGAGCUUGGCAGUGGACACUUUGGCCGGGGCAACUUUGGCAUGAUGCAUCAACAGGUGUACCCCAAACUUGCCAAAGUUUGCACCGCAAGCGGAACUGGCUGGGAUCAGCCACGGGAGCGCGAAGAAGGAAAACGUAUGCGGCGCCUCAUCCGUGGCCUCGUACACGCCCGAGCUGUACCAGACUCGGCCCGGGUCUCAAGUUCACACGGAAGGCAAGGAUCCGUCAAUUCUCGCGGGAAUGAAAAGGGCACCGGACAUGAUGGCAGCGAUUCUCCCAAUACUCCCAUAACGAAGACACCCGGUUCUCAGUCCCGAUCAACCACGAUACCCAUGUUCCCCGAUGGUUCCUCGUUCUCCAACCACAGGGGCGUACUCAAGAACAUCGACAUUGAUCGCCAUAGCAGCCCAAAAUUGAAUGGGGACAGUCCUGCCGCCAGUCCGAAUCCGGUCAUGGCAUCAUCAACUCCAAAAUCGUCAACAUUGUCUCUAUCACCACAUUCAAGUAGGUUCGGCAACGUGAGAAACAGUACCGACUCGGUCAAAGCUAUAUAUGGCUCCGGCAUACCUGCAGACGCGCAAAAGAUGAUGAGCAACAGUAAUCUUGACGAGCUCAUCAACGGCCGUGGCGCGCGGCAAUCUCCAUCCGACUUGGGCGAAAACUCGGCCGGCACCGACUCGCCUGUUAGUGCCAGGGACACCAAGCUACCGUUCAGACAACGCAUGCAGGCCAAAGAUAUAGACGGUAACCUGUCUUCACCGAACGGUGACACACCGCUAAGUCCACAGAUGUAUAGAAACGGUCUUGGUCUGGAUGAAUUCCACCUACGGUUUAAGAGGCCCGGCGGCAGCAUCUACCUUCUGGCCACAGCUGAUGGCUGGAACUAUAGAAUGGUAGAUGUGACAGACGUCGAGACUGUUCUUGAUCUGAGGUCUGAGAUCAGUAAGGGCUUGGGCAUUCAAGAUGAAGACGGGGUUGAGUUCUAUCUCACCGAACUUGGGAAGAGCGAUCACAGCCAACCGUUGGACGAUAAUCAGUUAAUGAACCACAAAAGGUCCAGAGCGGACGCAGAAGGCACGCUAAAGUUGUUUGUCAAGCCCCCACCCAUGUCACAGCAGUCGACAUUGCUGGCGGGUGAGACUGGGCAACGACACAAAUUUGGCUCCUCGGCUUCCAUGUCGAGGCAAAACACUUCGAAGGACGACUUAUCAGAAGAGGCACGCCUUAGAGCUCAAAGGGAGUACAAAGCAGAGAUUGACCGAAAAGGCCGGGAAUAUCUUGCUAUACGUAAGGCUAAACUUGAGAGCAAUAAUAAUGGGCUGAGCCCCUCGACCGAGGGUAUUGGAAUUGUAGGCAAGCCGGUCGAUUUCGAUACGCCUCGCCACUCUCCCUACGAGGACAAAAACACAGACAGGAUGUUCCCGAGUCGCAACGCUCCUGCUCCACCGGUUGCCCCCUCGGCCACGUUGAACAGAGUGAACUCAUUGAUGACGGGCCAAAGAAGGGGCCAGGGAAGUAUGGAAGGGUACCCAUCUCAGCGCGUACCUUCAGGUGUGGGCACGAGUACUUCGCCGAAAGAAAUGUCCGAGGACCGCCGAAGACAACAAAUGUCGGGCUCCCAGCCCAUGGGAGGCAUUACCGGCGCCCUGGUGGACAUGGGCAGAAACAUGGGUGGAGUUGCUCUUCCCAGCAGAGGCGUCAGUGCAAACAACGUACCUGGGAAACCUUCACCCCCCUAUCGCGUUGCGACUGCCCCAGUUGGUGGCCGAGACUUCGUGCCACCUGACAAUCGAGGUAAGAGUUCGCAGGCCAUAGUGACACCUGGCACUGGGCAGCGUGGAUCCGGGUCUGGCCUUGACAGUAUACCAUCAGGGUCACCUGGAUCUAUCACUUGGAGUCGUGGCAAUCUUCCUUUCAUUAUACCAGACUACUCACCCAAUGGCACACGCCGCUUGCGCGGAGAUGGGUGGUCUGAUUCCAGGCGUAGUAGUCUUUUGAGCACUGAACUAACGGAUGCAGCUGCUUUUCCUCGCUCGCAAACCGCCGGAGAUUUGUCUCCUAUCUCCCAAAUGCCCGCCAACUUCGCCGCCUACCAGGAACCGAACUCACCCCCACGGGGUUUCGGCGCCCCUCCUGCCUUUUCGACGGAGACUCACAGGAGGACAUUGUCUGGUCCUGACAUUGAUUUCACAGAACCCGAAGUUAGCUUCGACAGGCCAGCGCCGUCCACGGCACAAAACGAGGCUCAGUCUGACGACGACUCGGGCGACGACUCUGACGAUGGCCUCUUUGUCAUCCCUAUUGCGGCCCGCAAAGCUUCGAUGAAGAAAGCAAAAUCGCGAGCCUCUGUGACUUUUGACCCUUCGGACAGCGGGGAUGGCAAACGGCCAGCUCUCACUGUCAACACCACAAGGGAUCGAAAAUCUGUCUCCUUCAACUCGCCUCAGUCCGCCCGCACUGGCGAUGAUGACGAUGACUCGGGGCUACAGAGGCGGACGCCCAAGUCAGAUAGGUGGGACUCUGAGGAUGGCAAGCUGGGAAGACGGAAAUCUUUCAAGAUGGAUGUGUGGGCCAACCGUCCGCCAGCUGAAGCGCUUAUCAACAACCUCGAGGACUUCUUCCCUGGAAUGGAUGUUGAUCAGCCGGUCCUCGAAGAAGGGGACCAAGAGCAAAACAUUGACGGAACACCAGCGGCACCUUCUCCCAUCGCCGAGGUUGAUGAGACACAGUCACCUGGCCAUUUACAGAUCAGCGCUACGCCAUUGAACUCUCUUCCUCCAUCGAGGGUGCAAUCAAUGUACAACGAAAGUGACACGCUUGGCUCGGACGAGUCUACGCUGAAGGCGCUCGAGCGCCCACCCAGUUUCCAGAGCCUGGCUCAACGCAGCGUGCGCCGCUCCGGCGGUCUCGGAAGAAUGAAGUCCAUUCGAGAGAAAGCCAGAGGUGCACACGAGGCGCACAAACGAUAUACGCAGACGUCGAUGGCAGCACCGCAUGGUUUGAGCCGCUCAAGCGGUGGCCCUGCCAAUGAGAGCCAGCCUACCCAGAACACGUCCUCGGCGCUAUUGCGACGCAAGUCGACCAAGAUGUUUAAUGCAAACAUUGUACAAAUUCGACCUAACAGGGACUCGAUGCUGGUGCCAUACAUCCCACAGGAUUCUAUCUCGUCCUCGUCGCGGGGAGCCCCGAAGCACCCGACCACUUUCCGCUGGUUCAAGGGUCAACUGAUCGGCAAGGGCACUUACGGACGAGUAUACCUGGGUAUGAACGCCACUACCGGCGAGUUCUUGGCGGUCAAGGAGGUCGAGGUCAACCCGCGAGCAGCAGCCGGCGACAAGAAGCGCAUGAAGGAGCUUGUUGCGGCUCUUGACCAAGAGAUCGAGACCAUGCAGCAUCUGGACCAUGUGAACAUUGUGCAGUACCUGGGUUGCGAGCGGAAGGAGACGAGCAUUUCAAUCUUCCUAGAGUAUAUUUCUGGUGGCUCCAUCGGGUCGUGUCUGCGCAAGAACGGCAAGUUUGAGGAGUCAGUGGUGCAAUCGCUCACGCGGCAGACGCUGUCGGGUCUGGCAUACCUUCAUCGCGAGGGCAUCUUGCACCGUGAUCUCAAGGCGGACAACAUCUUGCUCGACGUGGACGGCACAGCUAAGAUUUCUGAUUUUGGUAUUUCGAAGAAGACGGACAACAUUUAUGGCAACGACAAGUCCAACUCUAUGCAGGGCUCCGUGUUUUGGAUGGCACCCGAGGUUAUCCGGUCGCAGGGCGAGGGAUACUCGGCAAAGGUGGACAUUUGGUCGCUUGGUUGCGUGGUUCUGGAGAUGUUUGCGGGUCGCAGGCCGUGGGCCAAGGAAGAAGCCGUCGGUGCGAUUUAUAAGAUUGCGAACGGCGAAAUCCCACCUAUUCCGGAAGACGUGCAAGACACCAUCAGCCCCAUCGCGGUGGCUUUCAUGAUGGACUGCUUCACAGUCGAUUCCCACGACCGUCCAACAGCAAACAAGCUGCUAUCACAGCAUCCGUUCUGCGAGCUCGAUCCGAACUAUAACUUCCUUGACUCGGAACUUUACGCCAAAAUUAGAGGAACUUACUGA